GGUUUAAAACUCCCUAUAAAGGGCCUGGUUUAGGGGCUGCCCUUUGCGGGCUGGUGGUUAGCAGCGGCCGCGGCUCCCCAUGGCGAACCAGUCCCAGUGCCUGGAGGACGCGCCCGGCCGCUGGCCCCGCGGGGAGCCGAGCUCGCCCGAGCUCUACAGCGAGGCGCAGCGGCUGGCGCUGGAGGAGCUGGUGGCGGGCGGCCGCGCCGCUUUCCGCGCUUUCCUGCGCCGGGAGAAGGUGCCCGGCUUCCUCUCGGAGCCCGAGAUCCAGGCCGUCCUCCAGGCGGCCGCGCCGCCGGCCGGGGCCGAGAACGGGGCGGCCGAGCCCUCGCUCAGCGCCUCGCUGGACUGCUCCUCGCUCACCUACUUCCCCGAGCAGUCGGACGUGGAGCCGCCCGUGCUGGAGCUGGGCUGGCCGGCCUUCUCCAGCGGCUCGUACCGCGGCCUCACCCGCGUGGAGGCGCUUUUCCAGCCCAGCUUCGGGGAGACCAUCUACAGCUGCAAGGAGGCGGUGCGCAGGCAGAUCCGCUCGGCCAGGGAGGUUAUUGCUGUGGUUAUGGAUACCUUCACAGACAUUGAUAUCUUCAAAGACCUUCAGGAAGCCUGUAGCAAGCGGAAAGUUAGCGUGUACAUCCUUUUAGAUCGUGCUUCAUUUCCCCACUUUCUGAAAAUGUGCAGAAAUCUAGGAGUUGAUCAUGAGCAGGAGAAGCUGAUGAGAGUUCGAACUAUAUCAGGAAACACCUAUUGCACAAGGUCAGGAGUCAAAAUUGUGGGGAGGGUCCAAGAAAAGUUUAUCUUGGUUGACGGCAUAAGAGUGACAACAGGUUCCUACAGGCAAGUACCCUAUUUCUUUUCAUGUCCUUGUCUCCUAUGACUUCUUUGGAUUGUGGGGUGAAGGGUAACAGUACAAAACUGUUUUUCUUGUGACCUGUUGAUCGUAUGUGAUGUUUGCACUAAAAAUUAUGUUGCUAACUAUCCGUAGUACAAUAACAAUCUAGUUUCUUGUAUUGAAAGGGAACAUGUAUUGGCACUAUUUCAACCUUUGUGUGGGUGUAUUAUUUAUUGUAAUAAAUUAACAUCAUUGUGAAUUUUCUCAUUAUUAAGUUUCACAUGGACUGAUGGGAAACUAAGCAGCAGUAACAUCUUGAUUCUGUCGGGCCCAGCAGUCGCACACUUUGACCUGGAAUUCCGGAUCCUUUUUGCACGGUCAAAGCCCAUCAACCCCAAACUGUCAUCCGGUUGCAAGAAGAGUGGAAUGUUUGAUCAGCUGCUCAGGAGAACAAAGGCUUCCAGUGACUGGAUGAAGGAAAACUUCUUGAGAAUGGAGUUUUUCUACCUUAGAGCAUUUAUAGAAAACAUGAGAAAGAAACAGAGCUUCUUGAUUGCCUCCAGGGAGGCAAAGUGUGAGUCAAAUAUCAUAAUGCAGGCAUCUCCACCGUUGACUGAGAAGAAUGUCUCUGCAGUCAUGAGGCCACGUUGGAGCAUAGAGAGGUGAACACUGUCCACUCAACUUGAAAGAUGAGAAGAGCCCACUGUGCCCAUAUCCAAUGCUUCCUUGCAAACCAAUGUUGUAAUGGUAGCCACUGGAAAACAAAUCUCAAAUUGAGAGAAGGCAAUACUCAAACAGUGGUUCUACUGAAGACUACUACAACUCAGGCCAGCAAACAUAAGACUGUGUUGUUGUCUCUGCCUCCUAGGUGAUAAUAUGUGGAUAUUAUCACCAGCAUGUGGAUAACUCUUGUUAACUUCUUCUAGUUUUCAGUCAUUCUGCUGCACUUUCACAUCCUCUACUAGAUCAGUAUCCUCAUAACUCAAUGGGUCUGGUUGUUCUAAAGACUCUUGCUACCGAAAAGAACACUGCUUAAAGAGCUCCUUCUGAAAAAUAAAUGGGGGGGGGGCACUCUUCUGCUCUGAAAUCAGGUCCAAGCUCAAACUUGUGUUUGGCAACCUCUCCAGCCAGGGACAUUUGACUGAAAAAUGACAUGGAUAGCCAAACAAUAACAUAUAACCUCAACCAGAUGGAAAAAGAUAGAUGUUAGCCUACUGGGCCUCAGACAUCACACCCUUUCUUCAAAUGAAUGGCUGCAGCUAGGUGAAGCAAGUUAGUGCAUCAGCUGCUUUUAAGCACUGUUGUUUGCAGUGUUGUUGUGGCCAUGUUGGUCCCAGUAUAUUAGACAGACAAGGUGGGUGAGGGAAUAUCUUUUAUUGGACCAACUUCUGUUGGUGAAAGAGAGACGUUUACACAGAGCACUGUUGUGGUUCUUCCUAUGCAACUUAUUACACAAUGCACAGUGAAGUACUUGAAGCAUUAAAACAUAAAAGUGCCUUAAUUUGCUAUUUGAGUUUUGCACAUUAUUUUAAAUGUACACUAUCCUUUUUGUUUUGUAAUAAAGUAUGGAUAAGGUUGCAAAAAGAUUUUUUUAUAAUCUUUUUUAGAUAUUCAUUUCUCUAGAAUACUUUUUUUUCCCCCUACACUGAAGCUUUCCCUAUUUGCUUUUGCAGAACCAAAUGAAGGCCUAUUUCGUUAUAUCAUUGUACAUUCACCAUACCUGGCCUGACAGACACAGGAGCUGUUGCUUUCAGCCUACUCCUGAAUUUUAUGAGAGGUUUUGAAACGCAAGGAAGAAUUCCCCCCUUCCCCCCUCACUGCACACAUUUCCCCAAAAAUCAAAAAAGCUCACCUUAACCUAGG